GGUGACGUGAGGAGCGUUCCAUUCGGCCAGCGGUGGGCGGUUGCCACAGCUGGUUCAGGGGCCGGCCUGUAGGGGCCCCUUGUCAGGAGGAGAGAGUCUCCCCGAUUGGGGCGAAGUCGCUGCCACCUUGGGGCAGCGGACACGGUCCCCUGGGGCUGCUCCCUCACUGUCUUCUGCUGCCUGCCAGAGUUCGAUCUCCUGGGUUCAGGAGUAGCAACUGGACUUCUGAUGAUGCUUGACCGAGCAGCAGCAAUUGCCACCCACAGGAUUUCCAAGCUGGGCUCAGCCUCUGUCUGUUUCCUUGUGUGAUUAUACAGCCCCUCCUGGACCGGGGAUCCCAAUCAUGUCGGUGAUGGUGGUGAGAAAGAAAGUGACCCGGAAGUGGGAGAAGCUCCCUGGCAGGAACACUUUCUGCUGUGAUGGCCGGGUCAUGAUGGCGCGGCAAAAGGGCAUCUUCUACUUGACCCUUUUCCUCAUCCUGGGGACAUGUACACUCUUCUUCGCCUUUGAAUGCCGCUACCUGGCCGUGCAGCUGUCUCCUGCUAUACCUGUGUUUGCUGCCAUGCUGUUCCUCUUCUCUAUGGCUACCUUGUUGAGGACCAGCUUCAGCGACCCUGGAGUGAUCCCACGGGCCCUGCCAGAUGAAGCAGCAUUCAUAGAAAUGGAGAUAGAAGCUACCAAUGGCGCAGUGCCCCAGGGCCAGCGACCACCCCCGCGUAUCAAGAAUUUCCAGAUAAACAACCAGAUUGUGAAACUGAAAUACUGUUAUACAUGUAAGAUCUUCCGGCCUCCCCGGGCUUCCCAUUGCAGCAUCUGUGACAACUGUGUGGAACGCUUCGACCAUCACUGCCCCUGGGUGGGGAAUUGUGUUGGGAAGAGGAACUACCGCUACUUCUACCUCUUCAUCCUUUCUCUCUCCCUGCUCACAAUUUAUGUCUUCGCCUUUAACAUCGUCUAUGUGGCGCUCAAAUCCUUGAAAAUUGGCUUUCUGGAGACGUUGAAAGAAAUUCACCUCACUGUGCUAGAAGUUCUCAUUUGCUUCUUCACCCUGUGGUCCGUCGUGGGACUGACUGGAUUUCAUACUUUCCUCGUGGCUCUGAACCAGACAACCAAUGAAGAUAUCAAAGGAUCAUGGACAGGGAAGAAUCGUGUCCAGAAUCCCUAUAGCCAUGGCAACAUUGUGAAGAACUGCUGUGAAGUGCUGUGUGGCCCAUUGCCCCCCAGCGUGCUGGAUCGAAGGGGUAUUUUGCCACUGGAGGAGAGUGGAAGCCGACCUCCCAGCACUCAAGAGACCAGUAGCAGCCUCUUGCCACAAAGCCCAGCACCAACAGAACAUCUGAAUCCAAAUGAGAUGCCCGAGGACUCUAGCACUCCGGAAGAGAUGCCACCUCCAGAACCCCCCGAGCCACCACAGGAGGCGACUGGAACUGAGAAGUAGCCUCUCCAUGGAAGAGACUUUUGUUUGUGUUCAUUAGGGCUAGGAGCGAUUUCAGGGGAGAAGAUAAACUUGAGACAGAGAGCAAUCAA